AAAAGCAAAUUUCAAGGGUCUCUUCUUAUGCUUUAGUCCAUUUCGACUUCAGCAGGCGUCAUGAGCAAUGAAGCAUUAUCCAUCGACCCGUCAACGGACGAAGAGAAAGGCCCAAAGCCAGUGGUUUUAGGUCAAGAUAAACUAUCGGACUUGGCAAAUGGAAUUGUCGGCUGGGACAGCUUGGAAGACAGUCAAAACCCUCAGUAAGAGAUUCUGAAAUGUAAAGUCGGUGAUGUCGGUGCUAAAGAAACCCUUUAGGAAUUUUCCAAGCAAACGCAAAUGGUUUCUACUGGGCCUUGUGAGCUUCGUCGCGUUUCUUAGGUGCGGUUGUUAUUUGUUAGAUCCAGCUAGGACCAGACCUCUGAGGAGUUCUCCUUUUUGGUCGAGUCGUCUAGACUUCCGAUAUUAUUCAAAAAGCUAUAUAUCUCGGAAACUCUAACAGAUGCCUCAAUUCAGUCCUUUGGCGUCCUCUAUUCCGGCGCCAGGAAUAGAAUAUGCGGACGAGACUUUCCAUGUCACUUCUACUAUUCUAAGUGCUCUGGCAAUCAGCAUCUUUGUUCUUGGCUUCUCAAUUGGCCCCCUUGUAUUCUCUCCGCUGAGUGAGAUCUAUGGACGGCAGCCUAUCCUCAACUGCGCAAACUUCUUCUUUACGGUAUUCCAAAUAGGGUGUGCCUUGUCCCCUAAUAUGGCCAGUCUUAUUGUCUUCCGGCUGCUAGCCGGUAUAGGCGGUUCCGCCUGUUUAACUAUAGGCGGUGGGAUAAUAUCUGAUCUCUUCCCUCUGCAGCAGCGAGGAAAAGCCAACGCGAUGUUUACGCUCGGUCCAUUAUUUGGACCCGUUGUUGGCCCUCUGAUCGGUGGAUUCAUUGCGCAGCGCGCUGGUUGGAGAUGGGUCUUUUGGGUCUUGCUCAUAGCCUGCGGUGUCGUAAGUGUCAUUAAUAUUGUUACGGGCCGUGAGACAAAUCCAUCUGUAUUACUCCGCCGGAAGACUCGCCGGCUCCAGAGAGAACAAGAGCGCCCUGAUCUGCGAAGUGUUUACGAGCUGAAAGAUGAAACUGCGAGUCCAUUCUUCCUGAUCAUCCAGAGUAUCAAUAGACCCGUUAGGAUGCUCGCUAGAUCACCGAUACUCUUUUUCCUCGCGCUAUAUCUGUCCUUCGUCUUUGGGCUUUUAUAUCUUCUUUUUACCACUAUCACAUCGCUGUUCAUCAACGACUACGGCUGGCCUAUCGAAUUAUGCGGUCUCGCAUACCUAGGUAUCGGUCUUGGAUUUAUGCUCGGCAUCACUGUCGUUGCAAAAACCUCAGAUAAGACCGUCAUCCACUUAACAAAGGCCAACCAAGGCGUGUUUGAGCCAGAAAUGCGCCUUGCAAGUUGUCUUUACUUUGCUUUAUUCAUCCCUAUCAGCUUUUUCUGGUACGGGUGGUCGGCAGAUAAGCAUGUUCAUUGGAUUGUACCGAUCAUCGGUCUGCUCCCGUUUGGCUUCGGCAUGAUGGGAAUUUAUGCGCCGAUCCAGACCUAUUUCAUCGAUGUGUCCGGACAAUAUGCAGCCUCUGCAGUGGCCGGAUUGACGGCGAUGAGAUGUCUUUUCGGUGCGUUCCUGCCCCUUGCAGGCCCCUCUAUGUAUGACAGGUUGGGUCUGGGCUGGGGAAACUCCCUGCUGGGCUUUGUUGCCCUUGGUCUGACUCCGGUGCCUGCUUUGAUUUAUCGAUACGGCGGUGCGCUGCGUAGAAAGCACCCUAUCAAGCUCGGAUAGAAUUAUUUGAUUUUGAGCAUGAGAUAACGGCGAUCAAAUGCAUGAUAGAACGGCAGGAAAAGUCAUAGAUUAGAUUAAUGCUGGCCUCUCCUUUUUGACAAGAAGGGCCGUUGUGGCUUUCAAAUGUGAUUUGAUUUCAGUUCCAGUUUCAAGCGAGUGUUG